CUCCUAGCAACCAGCAGAAACUUUCCGCGCAGAGCAGAACUCCGAGCAGCAAGCCUGACGCUGUUUUCCCCCGGAUAAAUCCCAUGCGCACAUUGUCAGUGACUGAUUAACUCUGAACCUACUGGGCUGUGUUGCUGUCCCGUCCCCAAGACAACUAGCUAACCUCGGAGUGGAAAUCUCGAUACCCGGCUCUUCGGAGGCCGUCUGCCGGAAGAAUCAUGACCCACAGCAUCUCCUUUGCAGAGCUGAUCAACCUGGCCAUUGGGACGCCAGAACUGGGCAAUGUCAACUUCAACGCCCUCCAUUUAUUCCUGCACAGCCUCUUGGAUCACCUCCACCUGAAAGACAUGAAGAAGGAAAUCACCGACGAUGAGCUGGACUUCAUCAAGCCCCCGAAAGACCUGGCCACAAGCGUGGCGACCUCCGAGGUGGUCCAGCCGGCCAAGAAAUCCAGCUCUAUCUUCCACCAGCUGCACGACAGGGUUGUGGCACUCGAGAAGCAGCUGAAUUUCCUGAACGAGGCUCCCACCACCGCCGAGCUGCUGGCCCGCAGCCAAGGAGCUGCCCAGCCGGCCCAGGACAUGUGGCAGAUUAUGCAGCUGAAGAAGAAGAUGGAAAUGAAUGAGGCCGGGAUGACCAAGGUGAGUCUCCCCGAAAGAAGAAAGGCACCUUCUUUCCUUCCUCUUUUUCCUGGGCAGCUGGCGCAGCACACCUGGAUGUGGCCCCCUGCCCCACUACCUACAAAAGAGAAGGGACCGUGAUGUUUGCAAUGGGCCACCAUUCAUGAUCAGAUGGUGGUCUGGAAAUGGCCCUGGAAGGUGUAGCCAAGGCCUUGAGGGCAGGGAUGGGUGAGGCCUCCUGAGGUUGCUGGACUCUGGUUCCCAUCAGCGCCAGCCAGCAUAGGCCACAUUUCAGGGACGUUGUGGCCCAAGAACAUCUGGAGGGUCCUAGGCUCCCCAUUCCUGGUCCAUAUCUGACUUCUGAACUCAAAGGUCUGUAUGCGGAUGAGGACCAAGAGCAGAAACGGGUGGCUUGAACAGGAGAGGGCCUGAGCUUUGCAGAAAAGGGGUGGGUGUGGGUGUGGGUGUGGGUGUGGGUGUGUAGACUGAGUGCACUUUCCAUAGUUCCUAUCAAUGGCCAGCUCUGCCCAGCCCUCCUGCCAAUGGUCUCCCUAGGUGUCUUCUUCUGGUUCCAGCCGUCACUAACUCCCUCUCUGUCCUGUCCAGGCCAUGACUACCUUGCAGGAGCUGCUGAACAACAUCUGCACCCUGCAAACAGCCACAGAGGGCUUUCAAGGAGAGCUGGGGCAGCUGAAGGAGCACUUCACCAAAGUGAGUAUCCCCAGAAGAUGGAGACAACACCAGGAAGAGGCAUCUUGCAGUGGAGCAGAGGGCAUUUUUCUUUCAAAGCGAGGGGGACCCUAUGAAUGUAGCCUGCCUGGGCUAGGCCCCCAGAGGUGCCUCUCAGAGAUAUACAGCCCAACUGUGGUUACUCAGCUGGCAUGGGGAGGCACUCUGGACAUGCUCAGAGCCCCUCUUUCUACUAUUGUUUAUUAUUAUUAUUAUUAUUAUUAUUAUUAUUAGCAGCAAGUCCACCUAUUCUGUGUUAAAUGCAGGGCACAGUGGGCCAUUGGCACAGCUGCAUUCUCCAGCCCUCCAGAGCAGGGGCAGCCCCCUGGUUUAUGAGGUCAUGAUCAGGCCCAAAGAUGGCUGGGGCGCAAGUCUUGCAAGGGCCACCAGACACGCCUAAGAGCGUGUAGUUCUUGGCAGGGGAGGCCGCAAACGUGGCCUUCUUUGUCACCUUCAUUGCAUCUACAACUAUCCACCCAAUGGAGGUCUUCCAAGCAAUGCAAUGGGUUCUUUCGUCUACCUUGGAGAGCCCAACUCUGGAACCCCCAGAGCCAAUUUUGCAAGGUACUUUGAGGGCAAAAUCGCCCACCUCUGUGCAGCUCCGAGUGCCGCCCAGAUCACCAAUAUGCUUUUUGGGGGUGAGGCAAUGAAGUAGCAGCAGUUCAGCUGCAGAUGCUGUUGGAGGAAACUCAUUCCCUGGACCCGUUUCAGCCAAGGUCUGGUUUUGGGGCUUGAGUCCUCCUGACCCACAAUGCCCUUCUGGAGCGUUACAGUGGGGGAGUGUGGAUGUGGAAUUCUCAAUGCCAUUGUUUGGCUUGCGGCUUUUAUGUAAGAUGCUUAGAGACCAAAGUUGAUACCACUUAUUAUUAUUACAUAAUAACCAUGUGAUAAAUAAACAGCUCAACGUUGACGAAAUGAGGGAGCAGCUCACCCGAUUAGAUGAGCAGGCCAGGAAGAUGGACGGGAUCAGGGAGCAAUUGGUGAGUGCAACUUCCCUGACUCCCACCCGCCCUGCCCUACGUCGUGAAAGCGGAUGAAAUAUACUCGGAGUCGAGUGUGGAUUUCAUGCUCUUUAUUCAGCUCAUAGUAGUGAGGAGGAAUGGAAGUUCCCCCAGAAUGUCUGCUUUAUAUACAUUAUUUACACAAUGGGCCCCACGUGAUUGGCUAAUUCCGGGAUUCUCCUGUAGGCCAAUCAGGUUGCAGAUUCACUUCCACCUGGAGCUGGAUUGGGUGGCUCCUGUGGACCAAUCAGACUGCUGCAUUCUGAAUCCUAUUGUUCUAGGACCAAUCAGACUGCUGCAUUUUGGAUCCUAUUCAACUCAGUACAUAAUAGUGGAGAAAAUGCUUUUGCUCUGUGCUGAGGCUGGACAGGAGCCUUAAAUGUUGCUUGUGUGUUUGGAGCCGAGAAGAAGAAACGCAGGACAAGAGCGAUGACUUCCUUCCAGCCUCCUGACCUACCUUCCUGGGACCAGGCGGCUCUUCUCAAAGCUGCCUCUGAGCCUAAGAGUGUAAAAAGGACCUGCUGAAUUAGGCCAGUGACCCAUCUAGUCCAGUGUCCUGUUCUCACAGGGGCCAACCAGGGGCCUCUUCUGGGAAAGCCACAAGCACAGCCGCCCUCUCCCUCCUGCGGUUUCCAGGCAGACCCACUUCCUUCCCCAGAGGCAGGUUUUGUCCCUGUUUUAGAUGGGGGACCAGCCAGCCUUGCAUGUGAGCCCAGGACACCCACAGCUCGCUCUGAGCACAAUACACCUCUGUCUCUCUCUUUUCUUAAAUUUUUUAUUAACAAUUUCAACAUAACAGAAUAUCAAAACAUAUCAUAUUCAUUAUUUCCCCCCCCCCCCUUUUUCCCAUUCCCCAUCGCAAGGUGGUUAGAUUGGUCUCAACUAGGGCCAGGGCCUUUUCAGUACUGGCCCCGACUUGGUAGAACUCUCUGUCCCAAGAGACCAGGGCCCUGCGAGACUUGACAUCUUUCCGCAGGGCCUGCAAGACAGAGCUGUUCCGCCUGGCCUUUGGUUUGGACUCAGUCUGACCCUUAUGUUUCCCUCCCCUUAUGGUUUUGAUCUAUGGGCUACUUUUAAAAUGAGGUUGCAUUUUAAAUUGCAUUUUAACCUGUAUUUUAAAUUGGGUUUUUUUUUCCUAUUAUGUUUUCAUUGUAAUUUUACUGGUGUUAGCCGCCCUGAGCCGGGAGGGCAGGGUAUAAAUAAAAUUUAUUAUUAUGAUUAUGAUUAUUAAUCAGGGACCGUUCCACAAAGUGGCUCAGCAGGACAGGCAGCAGUGGGGGGCGGAGGGGCAAGCUUUGCUGCCCCUCACUGGGCCCAGUCUCCCUACCAAGACAAGUGGCUCAGUGUGGCUCAUGCACAGAGGCUGGCGAUACGAGAGGGAGGACCGCUUAGCCAAGCUGAGCCCGUCUGUGGGGUGGGGUGGGAGGAGUCCCCUGGUUUCUUUACAGCCUUUAUCGCUCCCAGGCUGGGCCGUGAGCGAUGGCCUUCCCCACGCAGGUCCUCACCUGCUCCUUUCCCAAUGCAGGGGAGGUUGGGCUCCUUGGCAGACGCUUCGGACCUGGUGCGCUGGAGCUCCCUCUGCGAGAUGCUCACGGGAAAGGUGAGUGUGGGGGACGGAGGAGGGGGGCAGGAAGGCAGGUUCCCAGCCCCCACGCCCUGGCAGCCCUUGCAUGAGAUCCUGCAGCCCUGCAGAAAAGGGAGGGAGGAGAAACUCAGUGCAGAGGCAGCAGGAUCCCUGUUGGGCAUGCAGAAGGUACCCCCUUGGCACACCUCCACUAGAAGGGAGUGGCAGGGAAGACCCCUCCCUGCCCACCAGCCCUGAGAGCUCCUGCCAGUCCAGGGUUACCACACGUCCCGAAUUUCCCAGACUUAUCUGGGAUAUUUAUUUAUUAUUUUAGUUACAUACCGCCCUGUACCAGGAGGUCUCAGGGUGGUUCACAGAAAAGACCACAAUAUAUAAGACCAAAAUCAAAACAAUAACCCAGUAACACCGCCCCCCCAAAAAAGAGCUACGUUUUUAAAUAUAGGCUGUCUCUAGGAGUAUCGGGGGGGGGGAGCUCAACAACUUUUCUUUCUGGGUUUUCACCAUUUGAAAUAUGGCAACCCUAUGCCACUUGAGUCUACGUUUGCCACCGGAGGUCAAGAAACUCAGCCAGCUCAUGUGGCUGCCUCCAGGGGGCAGGGGGCCUUUCCUUCGGUCCCUCCCCCUGGUCAGUCCAUGGAAGGCUGGCCAAGCCUCUUCCCAUUGCCACGGCCACCCAGAGCAUCAUGGAGGCAGCCAUGUCUCUGGUGUUCAUGCCAAGGCCAGGCUAUUCCGCAGAAGCCCGCUUCUCCUGGACCGCCACAUCUGGCCCUUAAGCCAGAACUUUCUGACAGUGAGAGCCCUUUGACAGUGGAACGGUCUCCCUCAGGAGACGGUGGGCUCUCCUUCCUGGGAUGUUUUUAAGCAGAGGUUGGGUGGCCAUCUGCCAUGGAUGCUUGGGCUGAGAUUCCUGCAUUGCAGAGGGUUGGAGUACAUGAUGCUCAGGGUCCCUUCCAACUCUAUGAUUCCAUGAGUUUGGCUCACUGUCAAACGGCUGUCACUCAAGGCUCAAACAGUCAGACCCUCGCUCCACCCAGCCCAGUUUUGUCUGCUCUGGCGGGCAGCAGUGGCUCUCUGGGUCUCUCCCAGCCCAGGGAUUGAACUCAGGACGUUCUGCAUGCAAGGCAGGCGUUCUCAGCUCACCCACUCCACGGUCUCUCCCACACACGUGCUUGUGUUGCAGAGCUACACCGACCCAGAGGGCUUGGAGAAGUCGUCCCGGGAAGUGCUGGCUACCCUGGGACAGCUGCCCGGGAAGCAUGAAGUGCUCCUGGCCCAAAUCACUCAGCUGGAGGAGCAGAUGAAGCAAGCCGGCCUUCGGGGUGAGUCCUUGGGCGACCCCACACCCACCCCAAGUGGGAAGAAAGAGCCAUAUACUGGGGGUGGGGAGCAGCACCCAGUUGGGGCUGACACCUUCUGACCCAGAGGCCCCACCAACACAUCCGGGGCAGAAUUGCAAGGCACACCCACCCACCCCAGAGAGCCAGUGUGGUGUAGUGGUUAAGAGCGGUGCACUCGUAAUCUGGUGAACCGGGUUCGCGUCUCCGCUCCUCCACCUGCAGCUGCUGGGUGACCUUGGGCCAGUCACACUUCUUUGAAGUCUCUCAGCCUCACUCACCUCACAGAGUGUUUGUUGUGGGGGAGGAAGGGAAAGGAGAAUGUUAGCCGCUUUGGGUAGUGAUAAAGCGGGAUAUCAAAUCCAAACUCCUCCUCCUCUUCUUCUCAUCAGCUGGUGGGCCGGUCUGGAGCCAAGCUCAGGGGCCAAGUGCGGAGAUGCGCUCUCUGCAUGCCCAGAGGCACCCUCUGUUACAGUUACCUUGGCUCCUCCAGAGCCAGAGCAAUGGCCCAUCCAGCCCAGCCUCCUGCUCUCCCAGUGGCCAACCAGGUGCCCCACAGCGAAACCAGUAAGCAGGACCUGAGCAGUGUGGGAUGUUCAGGGAGGCAGGAGAGGAUGUAUUGUUCAUUAAUAUCCUUCCUAACUUGUGCUAGCAAGUUCCUUAACUUAGCAGAGUUUUACAUUCCCCCUUUAAACGCACAGCAGAUAGCUGGUUGCAGGCUUGUUUAAGCCUCUCAAUAUUAGGCUCCUGGCAAGUCCCCUUAUAUCCCUCUUAAAAGAAUGAACAUGCCACAAUCUUGUGAAAGUAUAUAAAAGAAGUUUACUCACAUCAUCAGUUCACAGUUGGAUCCCUGAAGGCAGACUUAGUUACAAAGUAUAUACAUGUGGAUCUAUCCCAUGUGGGGACAAUCCCAGUGUCCUCUGGAAGACAACAGAGCAUCUCUAGCUGAAAAGCUGCUCCAACGAUGGUGGAAGUCAAAAAGAGAGAGGGUGCUGUGUGCCUUUUCCUUUUGUUACCUGGACAGGUAAGGUCACACCCACCUGUAGUCACAUGCAAAGGAAGUAUGUUCCAGCCAGGAGGAAACAGGAAGUUUUCAACUGGCUGGACCAAACACUCCCCUGCAUGUCCACUCUAGGAAAACAAGGAAUGUUGUACUUGACUGCUACUUAUGUAUCACAUCCCACAUAGAAGAGCAACUUUUCCUUCCUGCAGUUUCCAGACACUGGGAUUCAAAAGUGUGGCUGCCUCUGACUGUGGAGGGCAUGGUGACUAGGAGCCAUCACUUGCUCUCUCCUCCAGAAAUUUGGAGGAUGAGGCAGCCCAGCUGUGAACCUUCUCUCUGCUUGCAGGCCUUUCUGGAGAACCACCUGAAAUGGAGUCUCUGCUAGAGCGAAUAAACUGGAUCCAAAGUCAGGCUGAGAAGGUGACUUCUGGAGCAGGGGGCAGGAGGGGAAGGGGGCGCUCAGGAAGGUCCUCCACACCACCCAGCUGUUGCCUGCCAGGUGGGUGUGCACCCGGUAGAAUCCAAGGGUGCACCUGCUGAGUCUCCCAGCUCCUUUGCUUGCUUUCCCCAGGGUAAGGAAUCGCUGAAGGGCACCAUGGAUCAGAUGCAGAGACUGAAGGAUCAGUGCGAGAAGCUGCAGACAGGCAUGGAGAGGAUGAUGAAGAGCACGUCAGACAUCCAGGUGAGCAGCGUCACUCGCCUGGGAAACUCUGUAAGAAAAUCAGAAGGGGGUCCGUCUAGCUAGUAGCUAUCAAUAGCCAUCACUGCUGAUGGCAAGGGGAAUAUAGGGUAUAAAAGGAGAAUUCCUGGAUGGCAGGAUCCAAAUUUGGGGCAAGUACUCUUUGGUAAGAGAGCCCCAGCAGAGUUUUAAAACCACAAAAUAUACAGCAAAAUUUGGAGAUAUUAUAUAGGCUGUUACAAUGUGCCCUUCUAAGUCUCUUCUGAAGUUCCCCUCUUUGCCUAGUGUAGGAAAAGAUCACACAUUGAGUGAGUUGAAAAUGGUUUACUUACAUACUCUCCAAAGGUCUAUUUCAUGCACCUUUCCAUACAUCAGCCAGAAAACACAGGCAGUACAACUUGGUUUAGUUCAGUGGUGAAAGUUCCUAUAUUAUUUAUAUAGAAACACAAAAAUGGCUUGUAAAAGCCAUGCGGUCUGAGCCUUUUUUCAUGGCCAACAUACACUGGAUCAACUACCCUGCUGCCAGCCAAUGCCUGUGUGAGAGGCAGGGAAGAUCUCCCAGGGUGGGCAGCUGGGAGAAUAAAGGGAAGAGCUAAGAGGGUCCACCCCUUUUGGGUGAGGCAAAGGUUAAGAUUUACCCCUGAUAGAGGGCUUUGCUUUUUUUUUUACCUCCUCUUCUCUCUUUUUGUUUUAUUCUUGCUUAGAUUGGGUUUUUUAUUAUAUUGUAUAAUGAAAAAUAAAGGGACGUGGGUGGCGUUGUGGGUUAAACCACAGAGCCUAGGACUUGCCAAUCAGAAGGUCGGCGGUUCGAAUCCCCACGAUGGGGUGAGCUCCUGUUGCUUGGUCCCUGCUCCUGCCAACCUAGCAGUUCGAAAGCACAUCAAAGUGCAAGUAGAUAAAUAGGUACCGCUCUGGCGGGAAGGUAAACGGCAUUUCUGUGCGCUGCUCUGGUUCGCCAGAAGUGGCUUAGUCAUGCUGGGCACAUGACCCGGAAGCUGUACGCCAGCUCCCUCGGCCAAUAAAGCGAGAUGAGCGCCGCAACCCCAGAGUCAGUCACGACUGGACCUAAUGGUCAGGGGUCCCUUUACCUUUUUAUAAUGAAAAAUAUCACUUUAAAACUUGUGCAAAAAUCCCCGGUGCCUGGACACACACAUGUGUGUUCCGAAUAAUCUCGGGGCAUAAAUGCCGGUGUCAAGUGUGGCUUCUGUUCCUGUGCACAGACCAUGCGCAUCAUGUUGGAGCAGCUGGAUAUCACAAAGGCAGACAAAGCCCUGAUCCAGGAAGAGAUGAACGUGGUAAGUGGACCGCGUGGAGCUGGGAGGGGGCUCUUGCCUCCAGGGGAGGCGCAUGGUCUGAGUGACGGGGCCCUUCCCUCUCUGAGAGCUUAGCCUCUAGGGGAGGGUUGCCUUCCUUGGCCCCCCUGCUGCUGGAGGGCACUGGGGAGGGCCUUGCUGCUUCUCCCCGCAGAAAGCCGACAAGAGCCAGCUGGAGGCCAAGGUGAACCAUGUGGAGCUGCAGUCGGCCACCGCCCAGCUGAGCGAGAUGAUGCAGGACCUGCUGCAAAAGAUGUCCCUGCAGGACAAGGACUGGCAGAAGGCCCUGGAGAAGCUCUUCACCGACAUGGACUGCAAGGUGACGCCCUCCUGGCAGAGCCACCAAGCGCAGGCGGGCAUCAGGGGCAGCCCGGCUGAAGCCUCGCUUACUGGGAUCCUGUGGUUUCCGGGUUCCAGCAAGACCUUGCGAGAGCGGAGGCCUCCGUGUGAUUUUGCACGGCUCUUGCGAGAUCUCACCGGAACCCGGAAACCAACGCAGUUGCUUCUCUGGCCGCAGAGGGGCGCCCAUGGAAGUGCUCCUUGGAAUCCGCCGCCUGAGGCAAAUGUCUCCAUCUGCCUCCUGGGUGGCCCAGCCCUGGCAGACAUCCUUAGCGGUGGGCAAAGUUCCAGCUUGCAUUCCUAGGGCUCAAAACCUCCUGGCGUUCCUUGCCUGGCAUCAUGGGCUGGUUGGAAGCAGAGGAAAGUUGGGAGGGAGUAGCUGGGCAACCCCCAAGGGACGAAGGCUCAGAGCCCAGGGAGUGGCAGUGGGAUGAUGAUGCGGUGUCAGAGGGGGAAGACUGGGAGGAGGUGUCAGAUGAAGGAACAGGGCUGUGUGAGCUGGGAGAAUCAGUGGCAGUCCAGAAUCAGAGGCAGAAGCUGAAACAGGAGAGGAGGAAGGCCAAGAGGCAGAGAUGAGUCUGGCUGGUGAAGAGGCAGCAACUCCUGCUGGUCUCCCAGAACCAGGAGAGGCAUGAAGAGGGGGGAGUAGAAGUUAGCUUCACACAGGCAUAGUCUCAGAUUGCUUGGGGGAAACCCUGGAGAGAAGGAGACAUAGUCAGAUGUGGGGACGUUGUUAUUAAAAUGCGUAUAUCAUCUCAACCUUUAGUCUCGGCCGCUGAUCCGUGGGGAGGGGCAAGACCUACUGUGGAUGAGCUGCUGUGCUCAUUUGGCCAGACACUCCGCCAAGUCUGUGCGGAUCCUGGCCUUGCUAAUAAAGCCUUAACUCCAACGUGCACAGUGCGACUGACCACUGGCUCACUCCUGCCACCUCCCCACAGCUGGACCGCAUGGCCCUGGACCCUCUGAGCCGCCAGCUGGAGCAGGUGUGGCAGGUCGUCAAGAAGUACCUGAGCGAGGGCCCCCGCUUUGACGCAGACAGUGCCGCUGGCUUUAAGAAGUGAGUGGGGGGUUUGUUUGGCAGGGAAGCUGGGGCUGAGCAUCUUCUCUCCAUCGUCGCAAGAGGCAGGGCAAGGGCAUCCCCUCCGCAGUGCCAGCUGCCACUAAUUUUUGCAGCACCGCUGCAAAUCUGCCUCAAGGCUUGCAGGCUGUCAGGAUUUAUGAUCUCCCUCUCACACCAAGAGACAGCAGGCUGGCGGUUUUAUAACAUUCAUUAAAAAAAAUAUAUAUUUAACAUAAUUAUUACAAAAUACAAGCAAAAUACUGCAAAUACAUACAUACAUAUGUAUUUCAGAUAAGCACACAUAUAUAAAAAAGAAUAAAAAAGGAAGAAAACAAAAAAGAAAAAGAAAAAAUAAGGAGAAAAAGAAGAAGAAAAAUUGGAAGAAUUUCUUCCAAAUUUACCGUAUUCUACAAAUAUCUCAAUAAUAAAAUUUCAUUGAUUGACUUCCAUCACUUAUACUGCACUUCCUAUAUACAUUUUAAGCAAAAUUGUAUCUGUAAUUCCGUAUUUUUCCCGUACAAUCUCAUACAAAUAUUCUAAUCAAUAAGUUUUCUAAAUCUUUCAUAAAUCUAUUCUAAACACAACCAAUACCUUACAUUUAAUCUUUGUCUACAUAAAUAAUCAUUUAAACAUUUCCAUUGUUUCUGGAUUAUAUUUUUUGGUUUUUGUCUUAUCAAAUCAGUCAGCUUUGCUAAUUCCAAGUAUUCACAUAAUUUAUUCAGUCAUUCUUCUUUGAUUGGAACGUAAUUCCCUUUCCAAUUAUUGGCUAUUAACAUUCUCGCUGCUGUUGUCGCGUACAAGAAAAUAUUAAUUUUGUCAUUCAGGAUCUCACCAUUCAAAAUUCCUAAUAAAUAUGAUUCUGCUCUUUUAUUAUGUGAUGUUUUUAUUAGCUUUUUAAUUUCCUCAUGUAUCAUAUUCCAAUAUUUCUUAAUUUCCAGACAUGACCACCACAUAUGGUAUAAUGUUCCAAUCAUUCUAUUACACCUCCAACACUUAUUAUCACCCGAUUUUUUCAUUUUUGGCAACCUAUCUGGCGACAUAUACCAUCUAUGAUGCAUCUUUAUGAAAUUUUCUUUCGAUUGAUAAUAAGCCGUAAAAUUUAUAUUUUUUUGUCCACAAUUUAACCCAAUCUUUGUAUUCAAUUUCAUAACCCAAAUCUUGAUCCCACCUUAACAUAUUCUUGUUUCCGUUCCACCUUAAAAAAGGGAGCAGGCUUUGUGAGUCACAGAGUCUGCGUAUUUCCUGUUCACAGGAAGUUUAUGUUUUGUAUGUGCUUUCGUUUUCUCUGUGUCUGAGACACUGAAGCAGGCAGUCAUGUUUUUUUCUUUGUUCUGACCAACGCUGAAUAAACUUGUAAAUAUGCUCUCCUGAGUGCAUCUUUCGCUGUGCAAAAGUCUGCUGAGAGAGCGUGCACCAGCUCUGGAAUGUGGCAAGCUAUUUCUGAAGCUAGUGUCGCUAAUUGAUUGAUAUUGCGUUUCUACGGGAGGUCGAUGGACGUCCGGAGACAGCGUGGGGGCAUAAUGACUUUUGUCUCCCUGGCAGUAUCCCAACAAUUCUUACUUUUAAUUCCUUGAUCUAUUUGUAUAUUAUUUAAUAAUUUAUACAUUUUUGUAAGUAUUUUUUGUUUAUUUUUGCAGCACCGCUGCAAAUCUACCUCAAGGCUUGCAGGGUGUCAGGAUUUAUGAUCUCCCUCUCACACCAAGACUGGUGGUUUUAUAACUUUCUGAUUUAUUGGUAUUUACACAGUAGUUCAGUCCAAGCACACAGCUCAAUCUUCCUCACUCGAUGGGUCAGUUGAGCCCACUGGAGGGUGGACUCUUUUCCAACAGGAUAUACGCCAUCUGCUCUGCCUUCUAUUGGCCUGACACCAAGCCUGAACUCUGCUCAUCCUCCUAGUCUGAGGAGACUCAUGAUCAGAUUGUCCAGUUUGCCUCUCCUCCCCUGAGAGUGUGUCUGAAAGCUCCUGCCCUUCUGUCUGCCUUUCACUGUCCUGGGAAUUUACGACUUGCAUUCCAGGACGAGAGGGGCUCGCCUCGCCUCAGUCUCUGCAUAUGUAGAAAGCAAGCCUCUUGUCACUUUCUGCCUGCCACCCCCCUUGGUCCUCAGAGCCCUCACAGUCGCUCUGGGAAGGGACUUUCCUGAUACAGGGCUUGGCACAGAUGCCCAAGUGGCAGAGUGCAGGCUGGCAAGGGGGCUGGCUUGUUCUUCUUCUUCUUUUUAAUCAUUUUUAUUAAGUUUUCCAUUUUAACAAUCCAAUCCAAUCACUUUAAAUAUUCCAAAUUAUACAUAUACAUAUCAAAUAAUCAAAAUAUUCUGCCGAAUUAUAAUUUUUUUUAUUGGGACUUCCCAUGCUUCAAGUUUGGGGGGGCUCUGAGCAUCUCAUAUCUCCUGCUUUUGAUAGUCAUUUCCAAUAGUUCCUUUAAAUCUUCCUGUUGUUAACAUUCCUUCUUUCACAGCCUCCGAGUUGUUCCCACAAGCGAGAUGAAGUAAACAAUGAUAUGUUUCUGUGUGAAUUUUAUGUGUAUGAUUCCCCGUCCAUUUGCAGUAUCUCCUCACACGCUGGUAUUUCUGCCGAAUCAAUCCAAAGGUCUUUUCGCUGCUGGCAGCUGCCAUCUUCCCUCAGUUCUGAUGAAAUCAAUUCUAGGCAUCUGCUCAUUAAUUUUCCCAGACCGGUUGCAUCAAACAUUAGCCUUUCCGGAGGAGAUUUACCAAAUCGAACUUGAACUACAAAUAUAAUGACAUAUUAAAGGCUCACCUCCAAGGGGGCAGGCGUCUUCUGCCGGCUCUGCGGCCGCUGACCCCCACCCAAGCUGCCACGUGAGACAUCUUCAGGGUUAUUCCAUGGAAGAUGGAUGGGAAAAGGACUUCCUUCCUCAGGUGGUCAACUCGGGUCUCUUUGUGCUUUUCAGACAGCUCUUUGAGAGAGUGAAGUGCAUCUCCUGCGACCGGCCAGUGACCAUGAUGACCGGGCCGUGAGUACAGAACCCCUUGGUACCUUGCAGGGUGGGAGGAGGGUGGCUGCUUUGUGGGGGAGGCAGCCCUGGGCCUGUCAGGAGUUCAGCCUACACUCGAGUAGGACCCUGGUAGGGACACAUGCCCAACUGGCAUGUUCUCUGCCUCCUGGUCAAUAGUUCAGGAGCUUCAAAAGUUUUCUUCAACCCGAACAUCACAGCAACCGAUGCCAACAGACAUCGGCACACUUAGGGAUCCACAGAGUUUGCGCAACUUGCGUAACAGACCUCAGCAACUCAGCAUUUUGGCUAAUCUACUUUAUUUACAUAUAAACACCCACGGAGCACUGCAACAUGGCUCCCCCUCUCUCUAGCAUCAGACAGCAAAGAGAAAAAGAACAAAGGACAAUAGUCCCACUUCAUGGAACACAAUAACACAAAGAUCCUGUCUCCAUCACUUCCCACUCUGUGGAGUCAAAAUGUACACCGACAUGUGAUAGACAACAAUCCCAUGACUGCAGACACGGAGCAGGAAUUCUAGCAGCCCCUCCGUCUCACCCCCCUCUCUUUUCUUCUUUGCAGACACAUGGUGACCAUGCGGAAGGGCAGCGCACGCCGUCGUCCGGCUAGUGCCAGCGGCUACGAACACCUGACACGGCUGCAGAGGAAGUGAGGAGGGGGCACUGCGAUGGGGGGGUGGGAGUCGCGGUUGGGGAGCCCUGCUGAUCACCCCACUCGGAGGGAUGCUAAGGGGGGAGGGCCCUUUCUGCAUCUGAAAUCAGGGGCAGGCAGAAUCGGGGCUCAACCAAACUUAAGGGCAAUCUUUCACGAUAUGGCUCCCUGCGCAAGGCCAAGAUUUGGCUCCCUCAAAUGGAUCUUCUCAAUUAAGGAUGUUCUCGAUUUUGCACCCCCUUGGCUUGGUGCCCUGUGCAGAGGAACCACCCCCACCCCAAAUCUAGUGCUGCAGGCAUCCACUUCUCCCAGGUCAUAUGUCCAGUUUCCCCCGGACAUAUCCACGACUCCAGUGGCAAAAUUACCAUUCGGGGGAAAUUUCUAAAAAUCGGCGAAAUGUCCCAGUUCCCCUCCCCUCCAAAAAAAAGCUCAACAGCUUUUUGUAUCUGGAUACUUCUUGAAAUACGGCAACCCUCGUCUGGGCAGUUUUCCACUUCAUCUGUGAUUUCUAGAGAUGGCUCUGAGCAGUUUCCCCCUCGUGCCACUCCUCUCCCUUUAAACCAGAACAAACAGCAACCUUUGGAAAACCCAGCUGCCGUGAGCUCCGUCCGAUUGAGCCCUAAAGAGCAGUUUUUCCUGGAGGAAAGGCAGUGAGACAAGAGAAAGUUUGGAGAAGCCCUCAGCCUCUCUGGUUCAAUGUAUUUUACCUUCCUGUUUCUGGUGGCCGGCCUCUCUCCAGGGUUCCUUCCGUCCCCAGAGUCAGGGCUUUUUCUCUCUCAGGGGGAACUCACAGGAACUCAGUUCCGGCACCUCUCUGGUGAGUGCCAUUGUCCAGGGGACUAGUAGAAAAAAGACAGUCAAGGAACCGAGAAAUUGCACAAAACAAAUGAAAUACUGUGAAAAUCCCUGAAACGAGAAGUAAUUGACUGGAAAUAUUAUCUUAUGAAAUAAACGAACUAAUACAAAUCAAACAGUUUAUGGGAAAAAUCAGAAAAACCUAAAAUUGAACAAAGCCUUAAUGGGAUGCCAGCUACAAAUCUCGUUUCACUGAACUAUUCAGUUUCCUCAGAAGGAAAUAGAAAAAUCAUAAACCUUAAAUGACCAUUUAACAUCAACAGUAACAUCUAGACCAUGGGAAUGUUUCAGCCCUGUUCCUGAGUUUGUUUAAAAUCUGAAACAGCUUAUCUUGUAUUCCUUUCUUUGAAUUUGUGCCAUUUAGGUUUUUUAAACCUUUUUGUAAAGGCAACGCUAGAAUUUUCAAAGCUGAGUCCUCAACUCUUUAUUACUGUGCUUUGCUUCCUCUAAGUUGGGCUUUGUCUAAAACUUGCGAUUUAGGUUUUCAAACCCUUUUUGUACAUUCAGUACAGUGGUACCUCAGGUUACAUAUGCUUCAGGUUACAGACACUUCAGGUUACAGACUCCGCUAACCCAGAAAUAUUACCUCAGGUUAAGAACUUUGCUUCAGGAUGAGAACAGAAAUCGUGCUCCGGCGACGCGGCAGCAGUGGCAGCGGGAGACCCCAUUAGCAAAAGCGGUGCUUCAGGUUAAGAACAGUUUCAGGUUAAGAACGGACCUCCGGAACGAAUUAAGUACUUAACCCGAGGUACCACUGUAUUAGAAAUUGUACCUUUGAGUCCUUAAUCCUUUAUUGCUGUGUUUUGCUUCACGUAGGUUGAGCUAGGAUUAUAAUACUUCAGAAUUUUGGGGAGUUUUACAUCCUUCCUGUGAAUUUUGGUCAUUUAAGGCUUAUGAUUUUUCUAUUUCCUUCUGAGGAAACUGAAUAGUUCAGUGAAACGAGGUUUGUAGCCGGCAUCCCGUUAAGGCAUUGUCCAGGGGACUGGCAGUCUCCAGCCCUUGAAGAUGAGCCCCUGGCCUGGUCUUCUUUCCUCAGGGACGGGGAGGCGAGCGAGGCCAGUGGCGCCCAGCCCCCGCAGACCUGCUGGCAGUGCCAGGCCCACCACCAAGCGUGCACCAUCAAACGCCUGACCCGAUCCCAGGACCUCACCACCAUCUACCCCUACGGAGACCCGACAGCCAUCACUUACGACAACGUGAGCGGCCGCUGGGCCACCUCGAGCCGCCUGCCAGGGGGAGGAUGCUGGGUGCAGGGUGGGAGAUCUGCCUGAAGGACCACAGCAGCGAAGGGUGGCCCCGCUGGAUCUGGGCCACUAAAGGCCCAUCUAGUCCAGCCUUCUGCUGGUGGCCAGGCAGGGCUGGCCAAGAAGCCGGCAAGCCCAGCUGAAAAGCCAAAGCCCCCAAAACUGCCGGAAGGUAGACUGUCACUGAACAUGGAGGUUCGACUGCGGAUCCUUCUCUCCUCCUCUGUGAAGGCAUUUGGUGGUAACGCUUUCUUCAAGAGAUCUGAGCUGGUAUCUGGGCCUGGGUUGGGUCCGUUUGUUUCCUGAUUCCCAAUAUUUAUAUGCCACCUAGUGAUAAAUGCCCUGUUGGUGGCUUACGAGCAAAAACUAAAAAAAACCCAUAAAACGCAACUUGAAACUAAAAACCUAAACCAGCAAAAAGCAGUGGAAAGAAAUAUUUAUGACUGCCGUUGUCUUCACCCGGCGCCUAAAAAGGUCAUUGUGUAGGCCAACCUCUCUGGAGGGGCCAACGCUGGAAAGGCCCUGCCUCCGUUUGUUUCAUUUUGCCACACUCCGCCCUGCCCUUACUGGGUCUUGGCUUGGCUCAUCUCUCACAGCCUUUGUCCCCCUUUCAGACCGAGGUGGACAUCCUUGGCGUCAAUGGCGUCCUCUACAAAGGCCGGGUGGACUCCCAAGCAGUUGAGCGCUCCCUCGCCCUCCAGAGGGAAUUCACAGGUGCGGCACUUUGGGGGCAGUGGGCACGUCUAUGGCAGUCCUCUUGGGGGUCCAGUUGCCCUUCUGCCUGGGGCUUCAACCACACAAGGACCUGGCCUCUAGCUCUCUCUCUCUCUCUCUAUUGAUGGGUUUUUUCCACGACUGGCUUGAAGCAGAAUUAAAACAGGGGCUCCAAGCAGCGUAUCUCAUCUCUCCCCUGGUCUCCCCGGUCUAGUGUGCCAACUCUACCCACUACACCACACUGCCUCUCCUGCUGGAGCAAGAGACAGAUGAGUGAGCAAGCAGGUGGCCAUUGGGGAAGGGGAGGAGGAGGAGGAGCAGGUUCAGGGGCUUUCGGCUGACCGGCCUUCUCGCUUCCCUCCCCUGCCAGUCCUGAAGUGUCCCCGGCCCCCCUUGGGGAACAGGAUGGAGAGAGCCCGUUCUGCCUAUGCCGACGUCAGCGCCUCGCCCUAUGCAUGUGAGUCUUCUAAGCACGCCUGGGCUGGGGGAAACACUGGCAACUGGGCACCAGGGAAGAGGGGCUGGAAUCGGACUCGGGGGGCCGUGAUCCGUGGGGGACGGUACCAGCCGGGAGCUGCGGAAUGGGCCAAAUAAGAGAAUCCCUCCUCCUCCGCAGAGGUGAUUUGAGCCUGGAUCCAGCAAAGGCUGUAUUGCAGUUGCUAAAUCGUAUGGCAGCAGAAAGCACAAACAGCUGUUGCUUCUCUCUCGCGCUCUCUUUUUAAUUAUUUUUUAUUUAUUUUUUGAAAAAUUGUCUAUAUAUAAAACAAAACCAUUUCAAACAUUAAAAUACAGAGUCUUUCGAACCCUUAGACCUUCCCUUCCUCCAUGGGUUCCAUCUUUAAGAUUAAAUUUACUGCAUGUUUUACCCUUAUCUAUCUAUUAUAUAACCAUAAUUACCAUAAAAAAAUUGCCACAUUACAAGUGUCCCUGCCAAAGAUUUUAACUGUUUGCAGUGGUCUUUUAAAUAAAUUACAAAUUUACUCCAGUCUUUAGAAAAUACUUGAUCUUCCUGGUUUCGGAUCUUCCCCGUCAGUUUCACCAUUUCCGUAUGCUCCAUCACUUUCACCUGCCAUUCUUCUUUUGUUGGUACUUCUCUUUCCUUCCAUCUCUGGGCUAGUCGUUGCCGUCGUUGCCUACAUAAAAAGUCUUUUAUCUUCUCUUGGGACCUCUUCACUUACUAUACCUAGUAAAAAGGCUUCUGUUUUUUUGACAAAUGUAUUUUUAAACAUUUUCUUUAACUCAUUAUAUAUCAUCUCCCAGAAAGCCUUUACCAAUGUACCGGUACAUGCCCACCACAUAUGACAGAAAGUGCCCUUUUUUCUCUUUGCAUUUCCAACACAUUUCAGAAUUUGUUUUGUACACUUUAGCCAUUUUCCUCGGGGUUAGAUACAUCGUUUUCAUAUGAUUUCUCUCUCUUUCUCAGUGCCUUCUGUCCGAAGGAUAGUGCCAGGACGCCAGCAGCAGCUGCAGGUGCAGCAGGAGAUCACCUUCGAGACGGUGGAUGGGACGGUGGCCUCCACCUUCAGCCAGAGCAACUUCAAGAGCGGUGGAAGGUUGGCGGGCAUGUGAGCUGCGCCAGUGGCUUGCCCCUUGGGCGGCUCUGCCAGGCAGCACCCGCCCCUCCCUUGUGUUAAUUGCGGGUGCCCCUCUCCCCCGGCAGGUGGGGCUGCGACUCAGGAGUAGCUCCAGGGCUGCCCUGCUGGGCCUCCCCCCUUCCCUUUGGCUGCCCAACUGAGAGAGGCACUUCAGGCAAAACCAACCCUGGCACCACCUGCCACCAGCUGCUGCCUAUAGAGGCCCAGUUGCCCCUGGGAGAUUGGGGGGGGGGCUUAGGAGCAGCAGUUGGUGAGCAGCAGGGUGCUGGCAGGGGAGGGGAGGGGCAGUGUUUGCCCCCAGCCAGGAGUGGGAGGGGGUCUGGCCGGGUGACCCGGGCCUCUCCGCACCCAGUUGCCAGAAUGCCCCUUUUGGAAGACCCUGUCCCCUUCCCGGGGGCCGCAGUCAACGCAGCUCCUCCCUCUCCCCAUGGAUCCACGCAUGCCCACAUACAAAGUGGAAGCUGGAGGUUGUCCGAAUGAGUCUUACUUUAAUGGGAAAGGUGAGCUUUAGAUGCCAGAGAGAGAAAAAUUAUGGGGGCAUUUCCUGGAGUUUGCAAGGAGGUGAGCUGUGCAUGCAAUGACCCCCCUCCCCACUUUAUCUGUGGGCAUGUGAAUUAUACCCCUUAUUCCCUGGGCAAAAGCUGGCACCAACUCCUCUCCAGCUCUUGCCGCCUGCCAGCUCCCCCCCCAUUCUUCCCAGGGAGGGCCACAAACCCCAAAUGCCCCCCUAUGAGACCCCCUGGAGCUACUCCUGAUUCUGUCCUUGGGUGGAUGUGACUUAAGAGUUUGUCGAGCGAGGAAGAAACCCAUAAAGUUUUUUGUCUGUUUUCUUAAUUUGCUGCCAGCCGUUCCUCCUGUCGCAUUUGGCAAGGAUCAUAGAAGUUGGAGCGUGGGGGGUCAGAACCACUGGGCCUUCUUUGCGGGUAUAUUCGGGUGGGUGGGAAGGCUGGGACCCCCUUUUGAAGGACCCCCUUAGCCACAAGCACACAGCAGAUACACGGAGGCCCUUCUCCUUUCCUUUGCUGGGGGAGGGGGUCUCUGACCUGGCCCCUUUCCCUUUCGGACGCAAUAGGCAGAGCAGCGAAGCCUCCGUCCACAUCACGGAAGGCGCAUGACAGCCUCUCCGUCCCCAUGUGACUCAGGAGAUGUGGCUGGAUCCUGGCCUAGGAGGAAAC